AUGAAUACCCCAGAAUCAUCAAGACCAGGAAGAUACCGUAGCGGGUUUCUAGAUAUAAUUGAAUAUCGAACAGUAAAUUUUCGGGAAACAUGCAAAGGCUCAGGGAAUUACCAUCCGACUAUUGGAAAUAGGAUGAUGCUCGCGCCCCCUGUCCCGACUGGAAUCAUAUGCUUCCAACAAGGGAAGAAUAUUCAUAUUCACAACUUUGAAAGCCACAGUAUAUGCAAUUCAAUACCUGAAUUGAGGAAUCUUCGAUGGCUUCUCGAUUCGACAACAUCAACGGCUCCAUCCGUGAUUAUGAUGGACUCUCCAGUGGUUGCUUCAUACAGACACAUGAAUAUUGUGUACCGCUCAUUGGAAGUGUAUAUCCACCAAUACAGCAUACCUCACAAUAAUCUACUACAUAGAGAAAAGGUUGCUACCCACGCUGGGCUUGACAUUUUCUGGAUCUUUGGAGACACAUGCGGGACCAAAAGCUAUGCUAUGGAUUCAUGGCUUUCUCCUACGAAUUUACCAACUCCCAUAGCCUGGUUUGGAGAAGGGGCAUAUUUACCUCCGCAGAGACUCAAAAUGCUUGCAGAACUCCGACUGUUUGGUGCAAUCUGCGAGAAAGAAAUCGUGAAAAGUUUUCGAAUAAAGAAGGACAGAAGAGGGCUACCGGCACUUGACGCUACAAAAGGUGCAUGGAUAGGGUUACAAAUGAUGGAGUCGUUCUUCAUGACCCCUCCAUAUCAAGCGAGAGGCGCAGCAGAUAAGCUACGAUUGGAUAUGCGAACCGAUAAAUGUCCCUGCUUCUGCUGUCUGACGCAAAUACUGUAUGACUCUGAGGAUCAUUGGCAGUCGAGAGCUCCGCUUCAUCCUCCUUGUCACCGUCACUACUACUACUCUCCGAACAUCUUAGAGAGCCCUCGUGAUCUCAAAUAUAUAGGCGAGCAGGAUAUCAUUGAUAUUUCAAUGCCACAUGCUCGGCAAGACGCACGCGGAGUAUACAUAAGAAUAUCGGGCAUAGAAACUGACUGCUAUAACUGGGAGUCUCUACUCUUCAACAGUUGGACUUUGACAAGCUUAUUCUAUGAUAGGUCUGACAUACAGAUCAUCUCGACGCCGAGACAAAAAGCCAGCAAUGCAUGUGGGCUUGCGAGUCGUGGUACUGGACCGGUGGGGAAAAAGCAGAUAAAAAGAGACGAGCAAGGCUUAUGUUCACAGGAUUGGAGGAGACAGUCAAUCUUCGGCAGCCGCUACCAGAAACAGGUACUAUGCUCUCGAGCGCCUCGUGCGGUCUAUCAACGAUUAGCUGAUUUUGCUUUACAAAAGCCCUACAUCAAAUUGUGGGUUAUUCCUCCAUUCAUGCGUUCGCUGUGGCUGAUGCAGAGUGGCCACUCCUCGAAGAAACAGGCCACGAAAGAAUGGAUGUUCGCUAAAAGGGAUUCAAACGAGGCGAAGUUAUCAGAAUUGGAAACCAACGAGGCAUAUUAUAAGGACUAG